AUGCGCAUCCGACUUUCGGGCGGUGGGAUCGCGGGCGGGGAGGCUGCUGCGGCGAGCGGCGCUACGCGCGGGAGCGAGCCGACCUUGUGGGUGCUGUACCCAGAUCGGGUCGUCGAGGAGCGUCAGCUUGUAUUGGGGUUUGGAGAGUCCUUCUCUCUCAUGACGAUCGAUCUGCAUCUGUUUACGAGUCCACUUAAACGCUUGCUUUUGGACACCGACCAUGAAUUGUGUGAAGUGGCAGGCAAGAAGCCAUCUGCGCUGCAGCAGUGGAGAUUCAAAGUGCCCACCCCACUGCCCCCGUACAGGCAACAAACAAAGGAGAACCAAACUGGUUCUCCGUCACAGCAGCAGAUGUCCUACUCCAGCGGAACAACCGACAACGACAACGCCUCGCUCCAUAACGACCAAGACAACCCCCCCCCCCUGGCGGCCGGCCCGUCCUUCGCCAAGCUCCAGCUAGAGGGGCAGGGCGAAGUCCUGGACGUGGUGGCGUGCGCCGCGCCCGCAGGGCUGUUCGAGGUCCGUUCCGAGCGGCACUCCCACGUCAUCCUCGCCUCGGGUGUCUCCCCGGCCCUCGCCUUCUAUCCCAUCGGGUCAGAAUCCCGCUCGUUCGGGCUCGCCAGCAUUGCGUGGGCCGUCGCGUCGCGGGUAACGUCGCUGACCGUGGGAGCCCUCGACGGCCUGUUCGGCUUCGUGGGGCUCCGCGGAAGGGGAAAGAAGGCAGUGGGGGGGGCCAGGGCGAAGGCCCAGGGCAGGAGAGGGGCGAACGGCGGUGGAGGCGAAGACAAAGACGGUGGCGGGGAUGACCCUUCCCCGGCGCCCCUCGUGCUGCAUUGGGACGGAGGGCUUCAGGACGGGUGGCGCAGGGUGUCUCGCCUGUUUCUGGGACCGUCCGGGAGGCUCGCGGCCGCCGCGGAUGGGUUUGGACGAGUCAUGCUCGUCGACUGCGCCACCCGGCAGAUCCUUCGCAUGUGGAAGGGCGUGAGGGACGCACAAUGCGGGUGGCUGGAGGUUGUGGAGUCCUGGGAAGGCCGUCGCGUCGAGUCGGUUGGACAGAGGAGCCGAUUCGCCGCCGCCGCCGCCCCGGUGCAACAGCCCGGAGAAUCGGUUGCGGCAACCACGCCCGUGGUCGGCCUCUACCUCGCUAUCCUUGCGCCUCUGCGCGGCCGAGUCGAGCUUUGGCGGAUGCGGCACGGACCGUGCGUGAGGGUCAUCUCCGCACCGGCCGGCGCUAGGCUGCUGACGUCUCGUCCGAGUCUGGCUGCCCCGACUGGUGAUGGUGAUGUCAGCGUGGACGGCAUCGGCAAGGGGAGACACGCCGAGGCUCUGACGAACUGCUUUCUUCUCACUAGCGGUGCGGGCGGGUCUGAGGCAAGGAAGCUAAGGCUCAACCCGCUCAUGGUCGAAGAGGAAGAUCUGGCCGAUCUGCCCAACAGGCUGUCCCGUGAGCCGGCUGUUGAUGACGCCUAUCGACUCCGGAAGCUCGCAGCCGCCGUGGAGGAAAUGAGAACCCAUGGGACCACCUCCCGCGCUGGCCGGGGACAACUACGGGGAACUACUACUACGCUAGACGUGGCCGGGGGGAGAGGGCGGCUUCCGGCUGGGCAGGAAGCUCGCGAAGACGUCGUCUUUCAGCUGCUGUCACAGCUUGAGUCGGUCGAGUCCCUCGCCCAGGCGACCGCCUCGCUCGGUCCGGCGAUUCCGAAACCGUCGGCAACAUCGCCGGACUCGACAUCCGACCGCAUGCUCGAGCUUAGCGCCUCUUUCCAGAGGAGAGUCUCCGCUCUUUGCCGCGAGCGCGCCGAGCAAGCAGCUGCGGGCGCAGAGAUAGAUGGUUCGAAGGACAAGGCUGCUGCUGCUGUUGCUGUUCCUCCCGCGGGGAACAACAAGUCCGGUGCAGCCGCGGCAGCGGCACUCCGUUUCCGCGCUGCCGCUUUCGAGCUCUACACCGUGCUCGAGUCCGUAGAACUCAACCCGGCCGGGGGGGACGAGGACGAGGACCCGGCGUUUUUAGCCCCUGGGAACCGGGGAUGGAAGUACGGCGUCUUGUGCGAGGAGGCCGCCGGCUGGGCAGACAUGGUGCGGGAGACGGGAGGAGGAGCGCCAUUGCCGAGCGCGGAACUUCCCGACUUUCAGGAGUUCCUCGAAACCGUGGCGGUGGUGCUCGAGGUGGCGGAAGAACCUGCGGCAGGUUCACGGCGCGUACCGCGCGGCGGCAGAGACAGAUCGCCGCCAUUGUUGCGGUUCGUGGGGCCCGGUCUCCGAGAGCGGGAACCCUCGAUUGGCGGCGGCGGCCCCGGGUCUCGUCGGACCAGCCGGGACUCUACAACUUCCGCCGACUCCGCACGAAGGUCGUCGUCGUCCUCUGCGGCAGAAGAAGCCGGCGGCGCUUCCGCCGCCGCUGCUGCUGCUGCUGACUACGCAAGGUGCAGGACGCGGCUGUUCGGCUGGCUGUUCCGACCGCUCUUGUCUGACGCUUUCGCGCUAGCUUCCUUGACGCAGGCGUUGUCGCUGCUGGGGUUAGGCGGGGGCAACGGCCAGGCGGCCGUGCUUGUCCGGGACCUAGCGGCGUGGUUCCUGGAGUUGCCAGUUGGGCGCGCGGCGGACACGACGGUGGGGCGGGAGGCUCAGAACUGCCCAGUGCUGCGGUGGCUCAAAGGGGUCAUUCUGGCUUGGGCAUCGUCGUCAACCAAGCGGUCGACCGCCGGCGGCGGCGAGGAUGGCGACGACGGGGGGUCGUUUCUUGACCGCGAAACGACGGCGCCCCCUGACGCAGAGAGUCGGAUGAAGGACCUUUUCGGGGACCCGGUGGUCAGGGGCGGAUGCGUUAUUGGUGCCGGUGGGAAGGACGACGCCGACGGCGGCGAGGCUGCGUCUAGCGCCGGAGUUAGUAGCGCUCAGGACGCGGAAGAGGGGAGCGACGGAAUCGUUGGCGAUGACGACGACGAAGAUCGAGAGGCGGAGGAGGCGGGCGAGAAGGAUGCGGAGGAGGUCUUGCGGCCCAUGUUCGAGGCGUGCGCCGCGUCUCAGCGGCUGGAGAACGCUUCCAUGCUGUCGGUGGUCACGGCCGAGGCGCUGGCGGCGUGCCGCGAGAAGCUGGAGGAGAGCUCCCUGGGGCAAGUCGCCAUCGGCGGCGGCGAAGCUUGGGUGACCCUCGCGAGGAGAUUGCGCAUCUGCUUGUUCCUGGACCACCGUCUUCACUGGGGGGUGUUGGCGGAGCAAAGGGACCGCGCGUCCUUGCGCCGGUUCGAGGAGGGCAAGGCCUCCGUCUACGCCUUCGUGGCCAAGGACCAGCUCAUGUCUUUCCGGGACCUGAGCUUCGCGGCGUGCUCGGCGCGAGAGCGAGGAGAGGUGGAGGCGUCCGCGCGGAGCCAGCGAGAGGCGGCGGAGGCGGCGAAAGCUGCCGCUGCCGGCGGUGGGAGGCAGCUGGUGAGGGGCGAGCAACGCCGCCGCCCAUCGGCGUUUGCCGGUGAGGACGGAAUCGGCCAUGCGGUGGCGGCCGCCUCGAGUUUGGCAGACGCCCAGAUGGAUGGGCACUGGAGAGCGGUGCAAGCCGUGGCAGCGCGCGCCGGCAAUUCCCCGAUGAUGGCCGCCCUCGGAGGCGUUGUCCCAGCGGUUGCUGAGCCUCGAGCAGGACCAGCGGGCAACCGGGAGAACAAACCCCGGCGCGAGGAGCAGGCGUCGUCGCCCAGGGGUCACAGCCAUCGCAACAGCGGUAAUGGAGCUGGCGCCGCGGAAGGAUCAGUCGUGCUACCCGGGACCUUCCCCGAGUCUCCUCCCACCUCCCUCUUCUUCAUGCGCUCGCACGCGCAGCCGAUCGUCCUGGCCUGCCACCGUACCCGGUGGCUGGUGCUGUCAUGGGCAUCCACGGGGCCCCGGUCCGAGGAAGCUCUGCGGCGAGCGGCAGACCGGGGGGCUCUGGCGGAGUCGGUCAGGGCAACCGAGGCGGCCGUCAGGCGCCUGGCCCUUGCCGUGGACCACCUGAGCUACCUCCGGACCGCGAGACCUGGCCUGGCCGGGUGCGUGGCGUACUGGCUGUGGGAGCACGGCGGGGUGCGCGCGCACGUCGGGAGGCUCGCGAGGGGGUUUGCUCCCACGAACGGCGGCGGCAGCGGGAGCAGCAGCAGCAGCAGCAGCGGCGGCGGCGGUAGUGGUAGCGGGGGAACUGUACAUCAGGAUAGGAAUACCGCUGACGGUGGCGCCGUCGGGAGUGGGUUGGUGAAGGAGGGCCGGCCGGCAAGGGAAGCGUUCCUGGCAGCCGCGGAGGAGUUCCUCAAGGUAGAGGCUGUGUUUUCGGGGCGCUAUGACGGAGCACGGGGCGGUACUGGCGGGAGCAGGGGAGGGGCCGGAGGAAAGGGUCCCAGCUCCGCCGCCGACGUGUCUUUCAUGUCGCUGCUGACGGAGGGGGCGGUGCAGCGCUGCCCCUGGCCCGGGGCCUGGGAUCGCUGGGUGGAGGAGUGUCUUCGCGAUGCCCAGGUGCACCCUCCUCUCCAAGCCGCGGUGGCGGCCCAUUCGACGCUGCUGCGCGCCCUCCGGGUUAGCGCCGUCUGCGGCUUGCCGGAAGAGGACACGCUGGGGCUAUUCGAGCAAGGGCGCAGCCUUUGCGCGGAAUCGUCUCUGUCUGCCGAAAAUCUUGCCUCGCCGGCUGUUACUGGCGGAGACCGACGUACGACGGGAGGCGGGGGUCCUGCCGGGGUGGGUGUGCAAGGAGAGCGGCACGUCGUGGCCCGAAGAGAGUCAUACAUUCGGCGCGCGUUGGAUGCCGUGGUUCCGCGUCCGGCCCAAAACGUCUACAGGCUAGCGCGGGACUUCGGCGUGUCCGAAGACACCGUGCGCGGGUGGCACUGCCUGGUGUUGCUGAGGAGGGGGCAUGACGUGUUGGGCGAAGAGGCCUUGUCGCAGAUCUUCUCUUUGCAAGACCUCGCGGGAGACAUUCUGACGGUCAUGCGCCUCCGCCUGAAGCGAUUCUUGGACUUCCUGGAGACCUCCCCGAGCGCGUCGAGGGGGCUCCUGGCCAGCCUCGAUGCCGACACGUGCCGCUGGGUUCGCUCCGCUAGAUACCCGGAGGCUUGGGAAGAGGGGCGGGGGGGAGUGCGGUCGGAGAAGGAGGCGGGAGAGCCCCUGCGGUCGACGCACGGGGUGCUGCUGUGCCUCGCGAGAGCGUUGCCGAGGGAGUCGCGGCAAAAGCUCCAGGCAGACGCGCUAGUGGCAUUAGUAGGCACCAUGCUCAGGCACAUGGGCGGGACGGGAGCUAGUGGGGCGGGAUACCUGAUGUAAACGCCUGCCGAAUAAGUUGUCAUGAGGGGUUAUUGCUAUGUGAAAUACGACAGUUUUGGUGCGGGGUUUCAGCCCGUCUGAGCGCACACACACUUUUUGUGCACGCAACAUCCCGGGGUGGCGUAAACGUGUGUGCGCGGAAUUACAUUGUCGAAGGUGGGGCAGCGGGUUGGUCGCUGGUUUUGUCCGGCUCCUCUGGCAGUGUUUUUGCGUCUUCCCAGGUGUCGUUUUGACGAGGAUACUGUACCGACGCCCUUUCGCGAAAUACGUCGCCAAUACGAGAGCCUAACUAUGUUCGGCGCAGACGAUACACUACGGUCGUCAUCCCGCACCAUUUUGUCUAAGACGUUGGUACUGCCGUAGCCCCCCCCACAGGCUGAAGCGAUUGAAAAAUAUAAAUGAGUGGGGUAGGUACGGGUGGCUCAGGUGCAAAACGACCGGCUGCAUUCUUUCUGCUGUAUAUAUUCGUUAGUUCCUAUGAACUCCUGUUGGCCAAGUAUGUGUGGCACGGCUGUGUUGUUGGUGGAGUUGAUGGGGGGCUCGGAGUUGCGUGCGCGUUUGCUUCGUAGAUUUUGGCGGUGUUGCCGAGCACAUGGACGAUGCCAAUACUGGUUGUUGCGACUUUUGUUAGUUUUUUUUUGCCAGAGGCUCCUCUUGAACCUGAGAGUAUCCCGCUCCAAGGAGGCGUUUUCGUGGGUGGAAAACUGACUGUCAAGGGUAAUGCGCUUCUGGAAAAAUCUUGCACCCCAUGCAACGCAGUACGCCCUGCUCAAGGCGUUGUGUCUGCAUGUGGGUCUGCAUGGCUGUGUUGACUUAGCGAUGUAAAAAUACACAAGCUGUCCCUUCUGCAGCUGCCCCGAAGCUGAUGUCAUUCCUCGUAGCGCUCAUUCCCACCCGAAUUUCCCCCACUCUAACGACGGAGGAUACGACAGCACGAGCACGAGUGGUGCAUCAGCGCUUCAACUGCGGGCAGCGUACAAGACCCUGGUCUUUCCAUUUCUCAGUCUGGAAACCUCUUGUUCCUGUGAGCCAACAAUACCCACCGGCAAGCUCCUACCACGAAGAAAGCAGGCUGUUGCCGAACACGCUUGCUCUCGGUUUUCGCAUUUAUUCUUCUGGACGGAAGAUAAGACGGAAUCAGGGAAGGCAAGCGGGGGCGCGCCACGUUGGACAAGGCUGCCGUCGUGUGCACAUUAUUGAAGUCUUUAGAUUUUGCGUUGUUCCUACAAGGCGCUGCGUUUUCGCAGAAAGCGCUGUGGCUGAUAAUACAAACUCGCAAUCUACGACCUGUGUUGUCGCAAUUGUUGUGGGGAUGGUAGUUGAGCCGCCGCCGCCGCCGCCGCCGCUGCUGCUGCUGGAGCCUCAAAACUUGAAUUUUACUCGUUUAUCUUCGUUGAUCACCUCGUAGCACUUCGAAGACAGCGGGGCAACAGCACAACACAGCGUGACGGGGUCAAUUCAGCGUGAGGGAGCACAAGAGAUAUAAAAAAGGAGCAAACACGCUAAGUACACUUCAAAUGAAACCUCGCCUUGCGAAAUGCCUGCACGCUCUACAGGCCUCAUUUCUUUCGGCUUAUAGGUGAAAAUUGACUGAACAGAUACAAACUGAUUGUUGCCCGCUUCCGGCCACCCUUCCAGCAUAACACUUGAGCGGAGUAGGCCUACAGUAAAGCCUUCAACGAUAAACACCUCCAAGAUAUUCCAACGGCAUUGUGGUGGCGAAGCUGUAUGCAGGACUCGGAAGAAUCACACCACUUAGCGUGCAACACCCCCUACAUGCGUAGGUUACCCCAGCAAACUCUGUUGAAGGAUGCUACCUGCUGUUACCAGUCAGAGGCAAUAAGCGGGAUAGCGGAAAGCAAAAGCGAGCGUCUGCUAAAAGAUGGAUCGGGAUACAUACCUUGUAGAGCUGCGUGGAGUUUUCGACCUUGACUUUGAGCGUGAUGCUUGUGUACUUGCCCUUCUCCCGCGUGGAGCACUUGAUGACGUUGUCCUCGCCGUUCGAAAGGCAGCCUGCCACCGCCUUGCGUAUGUCGCUCACGAACGUGUCAUCGUCGACGCCGAUGAUUUUGAGAUCGAAGCUACCGGGGUACUGGGAAUCCACACCGGCAGCGCAAACAUAACUAUUAUUAUUUUUAUAUAUUUUGUCAGUAUGACCCAACCAUUUAAAUCGUGCGCAAAACAGGUGCGGGUUGUGGUGGUACAACGUAGACUUGCAGCUGUACCGUUUACCGUUGUUACGCUAUGUACAUACUUACAAUUGUAGGAGUCGGCAUGUCGUGAGACAAUUUGAUCAGCACGCUGCUGUUGUAGCAAGCAAGACUCGGCAAACGAGAAACUACCAGCCGAAGGCGUAUUUAUUCACACAACGGGGGGAAGGGCAAGUGUUGCAAACAUUGCACGUGGCUCACACACUCAUUGCUACUGAUAGCCCCAUGACGAAAAUAUGGUCCCUCUCACCAUGGGUGCUCCCAAACAUGAUCCCCGCCAAACGUCAGGAAAAGUGCCGCGCUUGGGUGACAUGUUUCAGCACUUGCCGAGGUGGUGGUGCGCCGACCAGGAUGAGCAUGUACAGCUUACCUCAACCAGUGCGUCCAGCACCUGGAAGUCGCCGACAGCAGGGUUAUCAAACUUGGGGCUGCCGUCUGGACCCUCCUUCACCAGCAGCUUAGACGCCGCUUCGUCCGCCAGAGGCAUCAAUGAUCUGGCCUUUCUCUUCGCUGGUCCCGUAUCCUGAGGUGGCGUAUUAUUGGCAGGAGGGGGCUUUGGUUUGUUCCCAAAGCCCUUGCCGGCAGCUACGCAGAGCGUCCUCCUGUGGAGGCAUGCUGUUCUCGGCAAAGAACCUCUGGCCAGAAAUGCUGGCACCGGCUGAGAGAGGGUACUCAACAGCAUGAUAGCCUUCACCACUGCCGCUGCCGUUCGGCCUGUCGGUGUCAUCGACGCUGUACUUGAGGCUGCACUAUACGACGCUGCUGUAGACGCAGCAGUUGUUGGAUGAAACGGGGGUCAGAGACGCGAGAAUCUCGAACGGCGACGAGCCUCCGGUCAAGCCAAACGGAUUACCCCUUCCGAUGUGGAAGAGAGACGACAGUAGUGACGACAGGCCGACCGAGCAUUUCACAUUGGCUGGAGACAUGUGGGCAUGGGGACAGGGGGCCACCGGACCGGAUCCACCAUACACCCACCCUAUGGACCGCGGGACUGUCGGGUGUUGAUGAUAUUUUGUUUUUGUCUUCAGUCUUGUUAAAUUUAUAAUUUUUUUAAUAUGACACAAUUGUAUGACACAACGAGUCCAUCUCUAUCAUACAAAAGAGUCAGAGACAGAUUAACAAUGGAAUCACAGCGUCAGAGAAAACUACCUGUGUGUCUACGAUUUCCCAGACAGCAUAUAGGGACAUCUCCCCUGUGGGUAACAGGCUCAACAAAUCAGUUUGGUAGCUGUCUUGUGUGUCUCAUAUACGUUAUGUUGGGAAGGUGCAGACGAAAGGUGUUGGGUACUGUUGGGUAGUCGGGCGUUUUGUGUGUCGCACCCUGUUAGUUGUAGGACAUGCAAUCUCCAUCAGUUUACAAACAUAUUCUCAGUUUGGUAUGCAUACAGUAUGUGCGGAGUAUGUG